CUCCACUGUGCACUCUGACGCUUUUUCGGGCUACCCCCCUGAGACAGACUGGAGAGAAUGGCUGCCAGUGCAGAGGUAGGGAAGCUGUUACAAGUUCAGAAUGGGACACCGCCAAGCACCAACUACAAUGGGGUAGAUGCCAUACACGCCUGCAACAUCCUUCAGCAGCUCAAAGCUUUGUACGACGAAGCCCAGCUCACAGACAUUGUCGUAGAGGUGGACCACGGCAAGACCUUCUCAUGUCACCGGAAUGUUCUUGCCGCAAUUAGCCCAUAUUUUAGGUCCAUGUUCACGAGUGGCCUUACAGAGAGCAACCAACGGGAGGUCAGAAUCGUUGGGGUGGAAUCGGAAUCUAUGCACCUCGUCUUGGACUAUGCCUACACGUCCAGGGUCACGCUCUCAGAGUACAACGUUCAGGCCCUGUUCACCGCAGCCAGCAUAUUCCAGAUCCCUGCCCUGCAGGACCAGUGUGCCCAGUUUAUGAUCAGUAGGCUGGACCCGCAGAACUGUAUUGGGGUUUUCAUGUUUGCAGAUGCGUACGGGCACCAAGAGCUGAAGGAACGUUCUCAAGACUACAUUCGCAAAAAGUUCCUGUGUGUUUCAAGAGAGCAAGAGUUUCUCCAGAUGACCAAGGAGCAGCUGGUCAGCAUUUUGAACAAUGACGACCUCAACGUGGAGAAAGAAGAACAUGUGUACGAGAGCAUCAUUCGCUGGCUGGAGCACGAUCUGAGCGGGCGCGAGGCUCACCUGGCCGACGUGUUCUCCCAGUGCAUUCGUCUGCCAUUGCUGGAUGACACCUUCCUCAGUCGGAUCCCCGCGCCCUUCGCUUGCGCCCUUUCCCUGUCCAAAGACCCAGUCGAGGCCAAAGCCCGCCUCACCGGCACCAAUGGUUGCCCCCAGCGGCUGGGAAUGACCGCUUCCGAGAUGGUCAUUUGCUUCGAUGCCGCUCACAAACACUCAGGAAAGAAGCAGACGGUACCUUGCCUGGACACAGCCACGGGCAGGGUGUUCAAACUCUGCAAACCUCCCAACGAUCUCAGAGAGGUCGGCAUCCUGGUGUCCUCAGAAAACGACAUCUACAUUGCCGGGGGCUACCGACCGAGCAACAGCGAGGUGUGCAUUGAUCAUCGGGCUGAGAGCGACUUCUGGCAGUACGAACACGCUGGCAAUCGAUGGCUACCGCACGCGCCACUUUUGCGAGCCAGGAUCGGCUGCCGACUGGUACACUGUUGCGGCAAGCUCUACGCGUUGGGCGGCAGAGUAUACGAAGGCGACGGCCGCAACGCUUUGAAAUCGGUCGAAUGCUACGACGCCCGGGACAACUGCUGGACGGCUGUGAGUCCGAUGCCGGUGGCCAUGGAGUUUCAUAGCGCUGUGGAGUACAGAGACCGGAUCUACGUCCUCCAAGGUGAAUAUUUCUUCUGCUUCGACCCUCGUAAGGACUACUGGAGUCACCUCUCCCCGAUGAGCGUCCCCCGGAGCCAAGCUCUGGCCGCCCUCUACAAGAACUGCAUUUACUACAUUGCCGGCAUCUGCAAGAAUCACCAGCGCACAUUUACGGUGGAGGUCUACGACAUUGAGCGCAACAGCUGGAGCCACAAGAGGGAUCUGCCCUUUGACCCAGCCACCAGCCCCUACAUCAAGGCCAUGCUGCUGCAAGGCAAGUUGCACCUGUUUGUACGGGCCACGCAGGUCAUGGUGGAGGAGCACGUCUUCCGCACCAGCCGCAAGAACUCCCUUUACCAGUAUGACGAUCAGGCGGACGCAUGGACCAAAGUCUACGAGACGCCUGACCGCCUCUGGGAUUUGGGCCGCCAUUUUGAAUGCGUGGUAGCCAAACUCUAUCCACAGUGUCUACAGCGGGUGCUUUGAUGAAGCUGUGGCCGUGGCUUGUGCUGUGAACCCAAUCUGGGAGGCAGAGCGAGCGGUGUGGUUUUGCCUGCCUUGUGCCUGGUGUUACCUCGGCUUUGCACCACAAAGACCUUUUUUUUUUUUUUGGGGGGGUCUAUAAGUUUUCGAUACGUCUUAAGCGGUCAAACGUUUUUGGGUUUGACAAGAUCAAGACCGGGGUGCUUUUAAAAAAAAUGGCAGUAUUCCCCCACCACCAACACCACCACCACCAACUACCCACACAGAUGCUUGCCCUAGAAAACCGUACAACGAAUCAUAAGUGCAAUUACUCAAUUUGUGUUGCUUAUUGUUGAGCCACGCUCUUGUCAUUUGGUUUGGAUACAUGACCGAUGUUCUACAAAAGCAUGUAAACAUGGCGUGCACUCUGGAGAUACUAAUGCUACUUCUCAGCAUAAAGUCAAAUACUAUAUAUACACACACAUAUAUAAAAAGUAUAUAUAUAUAAACUAUAUAUUCAUACGGGUAAUAUGAAUAGCAUUGCUCAUUAUUAGUUUGCCGGCUCUGAGGUUUGUUUGCGCCACCCCAACCGCCCUGCAAGUCAAAUCUCGGAAGCUCCUUUUUUUCUAGGUGACUUAUUUUGAAGUCUAGUUGUGAUUUACAGUAGGUUUUGAAGCUUGUAUAAUAUUUUGAUGCCCCCCGCUAUUCCUCCACAAGCGACUGUGUGUCAAACAAUUCACUGUGUGUGGCUUCUGAGCAGUUUUCAUGUUUUGGUUUUAGAUUCCAAUUGCUUAGGGGGGGAGGGGGUCUCGUGCCUCCCACCCUUUCAUUCAGUCAGUGUCCAUUUUGUGUGUCACACAUGAGGACAAUUUGUGAUGUGUAAUGUUGGAAUAUUCCCUCUCCACAUUGGAGAAAUGACAAGAGUGAACUUUGUGUCAACACUAAGUGGGAAGUUCAGACCAACUACCACGCUUACCUCAGAGACUUCAGAGCUAUUCCAUUAGGAGGAGGAGGA